AGCUCUGAUUGGCCAGCGUCGGGCGGAAGUCGGGAGGUUGGGUGGUCCGAAGACGCUGGCUUGCGACAGGGAGGGGGAGAAGGAAGGCUUUCCGUAAAGGUUGCCUCUCCGGCCCUUCGCUCCCUGGGACCCGCGGAAGGGAAAAAAUCCAACAGCCAGGCCCCGCGGCUAGCCCCUUCCCACAGGCUCUCGCCGCUUGAUUUUGUCACCGUUAUGUGGGAAGCGAAUCCAGAGAUGUUUCACCAAGCAGAAGAAUUCUUAUCUAAAACAACAAACAAUGAAGUGGAUGACAUGGACACAUCAGAUACCCAGUGGGGCUGGUUUUACUUGGCAGAAUGUGGGAAGUGGCACAUGUUUCAGCCGGAUACCAACAGUCAGUGUUCAGUUAGCAGUGAAGAUAUCGAAAAAAGCUUCAAAGCAAACCCUUGUGGCUCCAUUUCUUUUACUACUUCCAAAUUCAGCUACAAGAUAGACUUUGCAGAAAUGAAGCAAAUGAAUCUCACCACUGGAAAGCAGCGCUUAAUAAAAAGAGCCCCUUUUUCUAUCAGUGCUUUCAGUUAUAUCUGUGAAAAUGAGGCUAUCCCUAUGCCACCACACUGGGAGAAUGUGAAUACUCAAGUACCAUAUCAGCUUAUUACUCUGCACAAUCAAACACAUGAAUAUAAUGAAGUUGCCAAUCUCUUUGGGAAAACAAUGGAUCGCAGCCGCAUCAAAAGAAUUCAGAGAAUUCAAAACCUAGAUUUGUGGGAGUUCUUUUGCAGGAAAAAAGCUCAGCUCAAGAAAAAAAGAGGUGUGCCUCAGAUUAAUGAACAAAUGCUCUUUCAUGGUACCAGCAGUGAAUUUGUGGAAGCAAUCUGUAUUCAUAACUUCGAUUGGAGAAUAAAUGGUAUACAUGGUGCUGUCUUUGGAAAAGGAACGUAUUUUGCUAGAGAUGCUGCUUAUUCCAGUCGUUUCUGCAAGGAUGACAUAAAGCAUGGAAACACAUUCCAAAUUCAUGGUGUCAGCUUGCAACAGCGGCAUCUGUUUAGAACAUACAAAUCUAUGUUUCUUGCUCGAGUGCUAAUUGGAGAUUACAUAAAUGGAGACUCCAAAUACAUGCGACCUCCUUCCAAAGAUGGGAGCUAUGUGAAUUUAUAUGACAGCUGUGUGGAUGAUACCUGGAACCCAAAGAUCUUUGUGGUUUUUGAUGCCAACCAAAUCUAUCCUGAGUACUUGAUAGACUUUCAUUGAUUUCACUUCCAAAUCUCAGUGGUCAAGAAGGCUUUAUUCCUUUUUGCAGGAAGAUUUGCUCUCCAGUCAUCUAGCCAGUAAAUGUUAAUUAUCUGAUAUGAAACAGAUAUGAAAAAAAUGUGGCCUCCAUAUAAAAAGACAAUACUGACUUUAAGGUUGGUUUUUGCCUGUUUCUUAUAGUCUUGUUUGUUCAAAAUUGAUAUCAUUGUCGUUUUAACGCAUAGGGGUGAAAGAUACCAUUCAAAAUGGAAUCAGGUGAGUCUCAACUAAUGUGGUAAUUCAGAUCUUUAAAGUUUACACGUGUGUUAUAAAUGACUAGUUUAAAUAGACUUAUUCGUAUAAGUAUUGAAAAAA